AUGCCGCGGAAGGCUCCUAUUCAUCACUUCUCAUACCGCUCCCUCAUCAUACCACCAAUCCUCCUCGCUGCUGCUACCAUCGUCGCUCUCUUUCUUCACUCCGACGUCAACGCCGCGCUUCUAUGGUCGCAAUGUCAUUCUCACGCGCGCAUUCCAGGUGUUAGUCGGAUCCCCGCCAUCGGAACGCCUUUAUGCUAUCUCAUUAGCUUCUUCCGCGCCGCGCUGGAUUCUCUGCGAAGUACCGCUGUCAUGGCUCUUGUCCUGUCAUUUCUCGGCGGCCUUUUGACAGUGAGCACUGUUGAGGCCGCACGUAUAUGCAACGCGCCGAAUGUACUCAUUGCGUAUCCUACGGGACCGUGGCUGGUGUUUGAUCUUGUGGGUGGUGCUGUUGUGUGGGAGCUUGUUAUCAUUCCUGCCUUUUUGCACCGCGCGAGAAGUGUUUUGAAUGCUAGGCAAAGAGAAGAUGGGCAUGGCGAUGUUGAUCAGAUUUUUACAAGCCGACAUCUCCCUGAUAGCGAACUUGUGGCUAUUCCUAUCAGUGUAGCUGUUGGCUACUUUCUACCAUCCAUCUUGAUGCUCUUCAAGACGACUCCAGCUACUGUCGGAGUAUGGCUCUUCUUCCCGAUCUACGUGACAGUCAUCCGCCAGAUAAUUCGCAACGUUAUCGCCGUCAUCAGAAGAGUCAGCCCUACAAACAUUCACCUCGCAUCAAACCGACGAUCGUUCUUGUUUGUUUACUUGCUGCCGAUUGUCUGCUCGAUUUUAGCCCACGUCUUUUUCAUCUGGAGUCUAACUCGGCCUGAUGAUCGCAAGGAAAUGACCAGGUCAACCAUAGUCUUUAUUGAAGUUGACACGCAAUUCAUCUUCUGGACUGUUCUGUACUGGAUGUUGGUCGAGGUUGGAUGGAGAGUACCGUUGACAACAAUUGUCACUUCUCUCGUACUUGGGCCAGGUGCAGGAACUUGUGUUGGAUGGAUGUACCGAGAGAAGCUCAUUCAUCAUGAUAAUGAAGAGGCUGACGAGAAUGCUCAGUCAGCUGAUGAGGAAACGCCCCUGUUGCAAUGA